UAAAUCUGCGAACCAUCUCUGGACAAAACUGCGAAGGAUAGCCUAACCUACCUGCGCAUCGCCGUCAUUUUUCUGGGCCCCUUUUUCCCACCCUUAGAAUGGGCGCGAUCAAGAGCGCUCUUUCCUUGAUCCCGUCUAUUCGACUCCCGGGAUCCAAAGUCGCAUACGAGGAGUUACCUUCACAUGAUAUUAGCCAUGCUAAUUCACCGUUAGCUGAAUCGCCUAUCAUGUCUGACGUCUGGCGCAAGGGAGCGUCAGUUCCACGACGUCGACUAGGUUUUCUAUUUCGCACAUCACCAAAGAGAUUGGUCAUCAUCACACUCACUUUAUUCUUCACAUUCAUUUUACUUGCAGGUGGAAGUCUUCGUGCACGACGAUAUUAUGCAGAGAAGGCCAAGGAGGAAGAACGAAUACCCUACCACUGGGAAUUAUAUCCCAAACUAAGUGGUUUCUACAAUGGCGUUCGCUCGCUUGUGAAUUAUACGGACUGGGUUCCGGAACAGCAAGACACAUCAAAGACUAAAAUUACCAUCCACAAAAAUAUUCCUUUCGACCCGGUUGUCGUAAAUCCUUAUCCUGACUUCAGCUCCGACGAGUAUUUGAAGGACCACCAACCCGUUCAACGAUGUUACUUGGACGAUAAUGAGAAGUACUUAGCACCUGAUAUCUUCGCCUAUCCAGGCAUUCCUGCUGGAAUGACAGCGCCAUACUGGGGAUCAUACGAGAAUAUCGGCAUCGCUCCGGAUCGUUGCUGGGAACGCUUCGGUCGCUUCGGCCCGUACGGUUACAGCUAUAACCCCGCCGAAGGAGGGCUUGGACUUUCAAACAAGUCGGCGCAUGUAGGAGCCGAGAAGGUUCAGGAAAUGUUCACCAAGGUCGAUUAUCGUGGCGUGAAUUGGGGCAAGGCACAGAAAAAGUGCUACGAAAAGAAUGAAAAAAGAUUUGACACCAACUCGACGCGCGGCGAUGGUGCAAGCGACCAGAAGAAACCAAUCAAACGCUCAGCUUACGUAUUGCGAACCUGGACAGGAUAUCAGUACACCGAUAUACAGCUCUUGUCAUUGCGGGCCAUGGUCAAUGAGUUGUCGCUAAAGUCCGGUGGAGAAUACGACGUCCACCUACUUGUGCAUGUGAAGGAUGAUAAGCUUCCCAUCUGGGCGUCCGAAGAGGUUUACAACCAGACAAUAAGAGACAACGUACCGGAAGAGUUUUGGGAUAUUACAACCUUAUGGUCCGAGCAGCAGAUGCGAACCUACUAUCCUGGCCCGUUCCGUGACGAAGAUAACGUGGAGAACCAUUCGAAAUCCGACAUCCACGGCGUCUAUCGAAGUGCCCAUUUCGCCUUACAAUGGUUUGCACAGCAACACCAGGAAUACGACUUCUUCUGGAACUGGGAGAUGGACCUUCGAUACAACGGCCACUAUUAUGAAUUCCACAAUGGUAUUUCGAACUGGGCAGCCGAGCAACCACGAAAACUGUUAUGGGAGAGGAGUUCUCGAUUCUGGAUACCUGGCAUUCACGGUUCCUGGGCUAAGUUCUCACAACUCGUGGAACGAGAGACGGUAGAAAGAAACGAACAACCCGUUUGGGGACCAGUAACAUUCCCUACUUCUGGCCUUGGUAUGCUCCCGUCGCCCCUGAAAAACACGCCGCCGAAGAAAAUCGAGGAAGACGAUUAUGAGUGGGGUGUGGGUGAAGAUGCUGAUCUGAUUGUGUUUGAUCCUCUGUUUGACCCGGCGAAAACUAACUGGGUCUUCCGCAACGAUGUUACUGGAUACAACACAUCGCUUGAGACACCACCGCGCCGAGUAGCCAUCAUUACUGUUGCUCGACUCUCGCGAGAACUGCUAAACACCAUGCACGAAGAGACUUUCCACAUGCAUCACACUAUGUUCCCAGAGAUGUGGCCACCAUCGGUUGCGCUCCACCACGGGUUCAAAGCUGUUUAUGCUCCGCAUCCGGUCUUUUUUGAUCGCAAGUGGCCGCUAGAUAUUAUGGAUAAGACCUUCAAUUAUCCAUCUGCGCCACACGAAAGUCCUUUCGGCUGGGGUGAGCACAAUAUGCAAGGCGGUAGUUUCUACUACAACGCUGGUUUUAGCGGUGCCCUGUGGCGACGAUGGUUAGGUGCCAAGGAGAACGGCGAGGGUGGCAGGAAGACAGAACAAUCUCGGUCGGAUCGUAUGUGUCUACGGGGGAUGCUUUAUCAUCCUAUCAAGAGCGAGGCCGUCGAAUAGGUUGUUCAUGAGGUUAUCUGAUUUCGGCGUAAGAGGCGUUUAAGGAAUAGCCAAAGUAUAGGGCAUCAGGUGUUAUUCGAGAGCAUUUAGACAUUUGCAGAGGCGGCGUUUUUUCCCUACCAUCCAUCACACGGCAUCACGCAGCAUUCGAGAGUCAGAAUCGUUUCUUCGCAUAUGGAAUUAUGGGGGUUAUGA